AUGGGGCUUUUGAUGGCGCCGAAUGGUUUCCUCUCACUCUGCAUCAAUGGCCGCUACGUGGUGCGUGAUGUGGCAGGAAAUCUCCCCAGCAGCCCAGCGAUCCUCCCCUUCGUGGACUUCGGGCAACGUGCGACAGCGAUUUCUCUGGAUCUUGGUGCCAAGCCACCAGAUCACAGGUUCGGUGGCUUCAGUCGCGCCCUUCUGAGCCCCGUGGUCACCUUGAAGGGCAGCGCUGCGAGACGUACCGGUGUGCAUCCAAAAGGUGCCGGCCUAG